AUGCACCGCCGUCACCGCCCCACAUGCUUCGCCACCGCCGCUCCAAGCACCGCGCUGCUCCAGCUCCUCGCAUCCCACCCGCCACGGCCGAGCACCGCCGGCGCUGUAGCUCCUGGCACAGCCCGCCCGCUGCAUCCGAGCGCCGCCUCCAUGGGCCCCUCGCGCUGCUCCGCGCACAGCCGCGGGGCCUCGCGCCGCCUCCGCAUCCGAACGCCGCUCACGGCCCCAUGCCGAGGGAAGGAGGGGAAGGGAGGGAGGGGCAGCGGGAAGGGAGGCGCAGUGGCGGGGGAGAGGGAGGGAGGUGCGGCAGCGGGGGAGAUCGGGGGGAGAGGGAGGCGCGGCGGGGGAGAUCGAGGGGAGAGGGAGAGGUCUCUGGCGGAGGAGAUAGAGGGGGAGAGGAAGGCGUCGGGCAGAGGAAAUAAGGAUGAGAGAGAGUACAAAUAG